AUGGUUGCUCUCAUCAUCAAGAAAAUUCAUCCAGAAUUACAGUUGUUUUCAUCACGCCUUCUUCACCACGACAACGUGGUUCCAUUCCUUGGCUUUAAGAAGGACGGGCUGUUUCAUUCUCUGGUCAUGCCGUGGAUGCCAAACGGCACUCUCACUUCGUUUAUUCGCACUCAUGGAGCAGUCCUUGAACCAGCUGCGAAGGCAACUCUUUUGCAUGACAUUUCCUCUGGCCUUGAACACCUGGUUCACGGAAAUCUAGAGAGUGACAACGUACUCAUUACUGAGCGACAAAGCGCUUGUCUUUCUGGCUUCCGCCAGUCAGUGAAACUUUCCUCAAGGAAUGCUGCAUGCCCUCAGUCUCAGAUGCCGCCCAAGCCCGCAAUUCAGUUCGCUGGUCCGGAAUGGUUCGUUCGGAGAGACGAUGUCAUAUUUCAAUCUCUUCCCAAGACUCUUUUCAAAAGCGAUAUAUACUCACUUGGCUGUCUCAUAUUUAACAUAAUUACAAGACGCAUGCCUUGGCACGAUGCAACAUCUGUGGAAAUUUCUAACCAGCUUCGGAAACGCGCGACGCCGUCGCGACCUAAGGGUUCCAUAGUCAAUGAUGACCAGUGGGCAUUUAUAGAACCAUGUUUGUCGCUUCUUCCGCAAGAUCGACCUUCCGCAUCAUAUGCCUUGAACAAGAUCAAGGAUUAUCUCGUUCUCAUCGGUCCUCCCGAUCUUACUGGACAGAUUGAAACGGACUCCAAAGCGCCCAAAGGAUGUGGAGGGUUUGGGUUUGUUUACUCAGGUAUCUGGACCAGAAAAAUAAAAAUUGGGGGUAAAGUCAAGGUUGCCGUUAAGGUCCUGCAUAUUAAAUCUGAGGAUUCACCAUCAAAACAAGUAGAGAAGUUGAAGCGUGAACUUGCUGCUUGGAGAAGACUAUGUCACCCGAACAUAGCUUCGCUAUUGGGUACCAUGGUAAUCGACGAUGGUAGAAAAAGCUUGGUUUCCCUGUGGAUGGAACAGGGAUCACUCCUUCAGUACUUGGAGUAUAAUAGGAAUGACAUACUACUUCCACAACGUCUUCUCUUGGUGAAUGAUAUUGCUGAAGGGCUGAAGUAUCUUCACGAGUAUCCUAUGGUUCAUGGAGACCUAACACCAUCAAAUGUUUUGAUCAACGACGAGGGGAGGGCCUUGCUUACUGACUUUGGCCUCUCCGUUAUAUUAGGCAUCUUGCCCGAUUUGUCUUGUGCAUACACGGAUGCAAAGGCUGGAACAUUGGCCUGGGCGGCCCCAGAGUUAGUAUUAUUUGAUGAAUCAUCGACAUCCUCCAGUAAAGACGAACAAUCUCCACCUGUUCGGGUAGAAAACGACAUGUACUCUUUCGCAUGCCUUAUGUAUCUGAUCGUUUCCGGAAACCCCCCCUGGGGGCACAAUGCCAAAAGUCUAGCAAUCAUGAAGCGUUUGAAGGCAGGCGACAGACCUCCAGGCCCUGGCAAUAUUGAUGCCCGUUAUUGGAAAUUGAUUGUGGAGUGCUGGGCUCAGGCGCCAGAUUCACGUCCUAAGAUCAGUUCUGUCUUGCGGCGGCUGUCAAACAUCGCUUCUGUGCAAAGAUGA